UUGGAUGGAAGUUACUGUUGGUACGGAGGGGGCUUUUUCUUUAUCAUCUUAAGCAAGCGUAUCAUCUUAAAGAAACCGGAAAACAAAGCUUCAUGAAACCGAGCGUUAUUUGCGACGAACGACACGGAGGAACCCGGAGAAAUCCGCGCUGUUAUGAACAGAUGAAGAUCACAACGGCUGAUCUGCUUGCCUGCAGUUGAAUCAUCACAAAGAAAGAAAACAACGUCAGGCUCGUGCGAGUCAGUGGUAGUCUGAUAUGUGUGCAUCGGCUCAUCUCGCCUUGAAUUUGGCAUAAAUCGCUCACGAUACAUGCGAUGUAACUGACAGGACUAGACGUAUUUUUCGUUGGUUGGAAUAAACGGUAGCUUAUGUGUCUUAUGUAAUUCAGCCGUAAGAUCUGAUGAAAGUAUUAGCUUUUUAUUUUUUAAACGUUAGCAGUUGAAAAAUAGUUUCUUGGCUCGACGUCUGUAUAUGAAUUGCAUGAGGUUAAAAUAUCUUUAAUAAAUACAUGCUUGUGGGAGUUUGUAAAAUAUAUGUAGUCUGUAACCUGACAUCAGUGUUGUUUACUUGUGAUUUAUUUAAUCUUUGUCGUAUUGACCUAAAGUGUGUUUGUGUGAAUUAAUAAUUGUAUAUUGUUAUUUAUAAGCAUGGUGACUGUGGUAUGGUUAGAUAGCUGGAGCGCAUCACUUGUGUUUUGACAUAUCUGACGUCACGAGCGUCGCGUGUCACUGAAACGGUGUGGGCUUUUUAAGAAUCCCAGUUUGUUGAAGUCGGACUACAUUGAGGAAGGUUUGUUGAUUUAACGGUGGAUUGUUCAAGAUUCUUCGAGACGGACGAUCCAGAUCUGGCGCGGUCAGAGAUCCUCGUUGAUAUUCCCAUUUUCUCCCCGCCAAUGCUUGAUCUGGAGGUCGUUCCUGAGCGAUCUUUGGGAAAUGAACAAUGGGAAUUCACAUUAGGGAUGCCAUUGGCCCAGGCCAUUUCUAUAUUACAGAAACACUGCCGAAUCAUCAAAAAUGUCCAGGUGCUCUACAGCGAACAAAUGCCACUUUGCAACGACCUCAUUCUCAAUUUGACUCAGGAUGGAAUUAAACUGCUGUUUGACGCCUGCAAUCAGAGACUGAAGGUAAUUGAAGUGUACGAUUUGAGCAAAGUGAAACUGAAAUACUGUGGAGUACAUUUUAACUCUCAGGCAAUAGCACCUACUAUUGAGCAGAUUGAUCAGUCCUUUGGUGCUACUCAUCCGGGAGUAUACAAUGCUGCCGAGCAGCUUUUUCACCUGAACUUCCGUGGACUUUCUUUCUCCUUCCAGCUGGACUCCUGGAGUGAAGCUCCUAAGUAUGAGCCUAACUUUGCCCAUGGCUUGGCCUCCCUGCAGAUUCCUCAUGGGGCCACUGUCAAACGGAUGUACAUUUACUCUGGAAACAACCUUCAAGAAACCAAGGCUCCGGUGAUGCCUCUGGCCUGUUUCCUUGGUAAUGUGUAUGCAGAGUGUGUGGAGGUUUUGAGGGAUGGGACGGGACCAUUGGGUCUCAAACUUCGUCUCCUAACUGCAGGAUGUGGCCUGGGACUGUUGGCUGAUGCGAAAGUACGGGCACUUGAGAGAAAUAUUUACUUUGGAGACUCUUGUCAAGAUGUUUUGAGUGCUCUUGGUUCUCCACAUAAGAUCUUCUACAAGUCAGAGGACAAGAUGAAGAUCCAUUCCCCCUCCCCACACAAGCAAGUCCCGUCCAAAUGUAAUGACUACUUCUUUAACUAUUAUACUCUGGGAGUGGACAUACUGUUUGACUCUACAACCCACCUGAUGAAAAAAGUUGUCCUUCACACCAAUUUCCCAGGCCAUUACAACUUCAACAUAUAUCAUCGAUGUGAUUUCAAGAUUCCACUUAUCAUUAAAAAAGAUGGAGCAGAUGCUCCGAGUGAGGACUGCAUCCUUUCUACCUACAGCAAAUGGGAUCAGAUUCAAGAGUUGCUAGGACACCCCAUGGAAAAACCAGUUGUGCUUCACAGGUCAUCAUCUGCGAACAACACCAACCCCUUUGGUUCAACGUUUUGUUUUGGACUGCAGAGGAUGAUAUUUGAGGUCAUGCAGAAUAACUACAUAGCUUCUGUGACUCUAUACGGAGCACCUCGUCCCAGUAGCCUGGCCCGUGCCGAGCCAAGUGCCCACUGAGGAAUCCGCCAUGUCCACGGUGCCCGUCCAGCCCUGCAGAGCCUCUGAACUGACCAGUGUAGUGUGCUUUCACUUACUGCUGCCAUCACCCAAGCUAAAGACAAACUUGCUGGGAGUUUCUCCUGAGUUCCCUCAACUCCUCCUCCCACACGAUGAUAGAGGCCCCAGUUCAGUCUCAUUAACAAGAGCAUGGAGGCAGCCCAAAGCCUGAUAAUUAUCCCUGAUUACCAUGCAACCCUGGCUCCGCCCCAAAGCUUUAACUCAGACAUUUUUAUUGUAUUUGUGGAUGCACAGCGAUCCAUUUCCACACAUACACACAUAUGCAUACACAUGCACAUUUGUUUGUUCAUACAUAGUCAAAUGUUGCCUGGUCGUUCAUUUUAAUAUCAAAGAAGCAAUUUUUUGUCUAACCUUUGACAUUUCCCAUACCAGAUGCACCAAAGGGCAUACAUUUGACCUCUGCACACGAAACACUUUAACAAAACACACAUCCAAUCAACAUUUAUUUUCAAAAAGACACUGAGGAUGCACUCAGAACAAAGUCAAACAUGGACAUUGAUUGCAUAAAUUGAGUGACGGGUGGUUUUGUAUGCAUUUGAUCUAUGUAAGAUUACAAGCACAAGUUAGCACAGUGUGAAAGUGUGCUGGUGGAUUCAUUGCUAUGAACAUUUUCUCUUGGUGCAUGAGCAGGCUCGCACAUACACACAGAAUUACGCUCAUAAACAUUUAUAAUUUCAUGCCAUUUCAUACCAAGUCACCAGCACAGAUUACCUCCAUUUCAAUGCUAUACAGUGCAAAGCAUUUACUCAUCUUUGAGUUGGUAUUAUUGUUUUAUUUUAAAUAGGCUUUUGUUUCAAAGAAACAUAAAUGCAUUAGUUUUUAACAAUUGCACUAAAAUACACCUAAUUUACUUGAUAAUUGUCUCCUGUCACUGAGAAGCAUUUUAAUUGAGUCUCAGAGAGAGAAAUAAUAGUGGGGGAGGGACUGACAACGUGCAAUCUGGAUUUCAGAGCUCUGAAAGUAGCACUCCUGACUGGAGAGAAAAGCCAUCCAUCCUUUUAUUUCUCCUUCCCUCUGGAUCUCAUGGCGUCACGUCCAUUAGCAGCAUCCUCUGCAUUUUCUUUUGUCCAUGUUAGACAGACAUGAAGUUUAUCUCUUACCUUAUUCAGUAUCUUCAAUUCUUAACUUCAGAAUUCGGUUUCUGUCGUUUGAUUGCCAAAACGUUAGCCAAAGAAGAAACAGUCAUUCUCAUCAUUUUAAAUAUCUCCCCAUACCACAGCAUAAGAACAUUCCCUUUUGAUUUGAAUUAGACUGACCCUUAUUAGUUUUAGCAUUCAAUUUAUUGAUCGAUUCUUGCAUUUGAAAAUUGUUACUAUUCUGCUAUUUUGAUUUGGAGCCGUCUCUCUUUCUUUCUACUCAACGUAGUUUGGUGGCGGUGUUUCUGUAGCAAGUAGACGCGAUGCUUUCUGCAACACUCUCUACUGGUGUGUCCAUGUCUGUACAGAUCUGUAAAUAGUGUGCAUUUUCUUUUGUCUCAUUGGUUAAAGCUAAAGGUACACUGCAAACAUGGUCAUGAAUAUCUUCAGUGAUAUUGGUAUGGGACUGAACUAAAUGGAAUUUCCUCCAAGACAGAGUUUUUGGGGUUUCUUUUGAGUGCCCUUGAAGGACACCAAAUCAGCAUCCCUACACUGUUGAUCUGGAUGGAACAGCCUAAGGUUGACCACUAUUGGUAGAGGAUCAGGACUUGUAAUUAAAUUGAGUUGACUACAGCGUCAAGUUCAAUAGAUGGUUUAUAGAGUUCACCUCUAAUAGCUACAGUUCAUAUGUCAAUCUACACUCACUCCUUUGGUGUCAUUGCAACAUCCUUUCAGACUUCUGCAGUGUUCGGUGAAGGCUAAUUUAAGCAUUUAGCUUUCUGUUGCAUUUACUUUUCCCAUAACCUGUGCUGGUAAACGGUUGAUGAUGUUUUAUUAUAUUUUACCCUUGGCUGUUGGUGAUUUAAAAAGGAUAAUUCUCUUAACAUUGUGCCUCAUCUCCCACCGAGACUGUCUUGACUUUUCUAUGUUAAUGAAAUUGUUUGAACUGCUUUGUGUAUGUCUGAGCAUGUAAGGCUAAAGUGAUAGACAGUCAUAGUCCUGUUGUUUAAAAAAUGUAACCUAAGUAUUAAAGACAUCAAGAAAACAAACUCAAGGUUGGUUCUUGAACUCUUGUCAUGAAGGGCUAGUUGACUGGAUGUUCAAAUGUAUUUAAUUGAUCAUCAGUAAAUCAUAAUUUAACAGAUUAUUUAACUGCGCUUUUGAAAGUUUAGUUCACCCAAAAAUGAAAAUUCAUCAUUUACUCACCCUCAUGCCAUCCCAGAUGUGUGACUUACUUUCUAAUGCUGAAUAGAAGAAUAUCUCCAUACAAUACAAAUUAAUGGUGAUCAGAACUUUGAAGGCAGCAUAAAAGUAAUCCAAUAGACUCCAUAUGACUUUCUUACACAUACCCAUUAUAUCGCUUCUGAAGACAUGGAUUUAACCACUUGAGUAUGGAUGAAUUUUUGCGGCCUUUUUGGACCUUCAGAAUUCUUGCCACAGUUCACUUGAAAAUGCAGAGCUGAGUUAUUGUUCUAAAAAUCUUUGUGUUCAGCAAAAGAAAGAAAGUCAUACACAUCUGGGAUGUCAUGAGGGUGAGUGAUGGGAGAAUUUACAUUUUUGGGUGAACUAUACCUUUAAGUACAAAAUUAACUAUGAGCUGUUUUAUUAUAGCAGUCAAUUUAGUCAUGCUUAGUAGCUACUUUUUUUCUAUUGAUCGUUAAAGGAAAUUUGUGUUUUAAGGAUUCAAAAAUUGUGCUAUCGAACAUGCAGUUGGCCCUCCAUUAUUUGAGCUUCACGUGGUGGUUGUGGUGUUUCUAGAGAAAAUACAACUUGCACUUUGUUAAAUCUCUGCGAAUUUCAACUUUAAAGACUUUUAAAGAAGUAAAUAUAGCUAGAUCUUAAAAGAAAAUAACACAAAUUUGAACUCUUUAGGGCUGAGUAUAUAUUCUUGAUGCACAAAUGGAGCCUCAAUUAAGGAAUUGCUCGUUGUUAAUAAGGAGCAAAACAACCACUGUUUUAGUGUUAUUUGGAGAAUAUUUCUGUGGGGGUAUAGUCUGAUGGGCUGAUUGCCUGCCCAAUCUCAGGUGGUUCUUUUUUUUAAUACCAGGAGCAAGUGAAUGCUUAAUAUUCAUCAAAUGGGUUUUGGCUGUAUUGUUUCAUCUUCAAACUUCCUUCUAUUUUUGCCUUGAAAUGAAUGAUUGAUUGUCCUAGGGAUUAUAAAUAGAAAUGGACAACCUCCAUACAAUGUAAUGUGCAAAUUAAUGCUAUGUAUUGUAUCCUUCUGUUUUUUCCCCAUCCUCCAAAGUGAUUGUUUUUUUUUUUUUUUUUUGAUUCUGUACAUUUAAGCCAUUUCUGGAAAUGGAACUUAUCCUCAAUUAAAAAUGUGUGUAUCUACAAUUUAUUGCACCGUGGUGUUUUGUAUCAGAUAUUUUUUCUUCUGUAGAUUAAGGAACAUGUAAGCAGAAGAUCAACUUUAUCAGUCAUUUGUUUUCAUUGUUUCUUUCAUUCUUUUUGUUUUGUUUUUAAAGCAAUAACCAUUGCGCCAAUGAUUAUAGAUUGGAAUGGUCUGCUAUACUGUAUGUUCGUUAAAAGCUCAAAAAAAAAAAAAAAAUGCUGUGACCAUUGGAUUUGGUCCUCAUUGAAUCUACUGAAAGCAUUACAUAUAUAUAUAUAUAUAUAAAUUAAACUGCUAAUUUUUUUUACAGUGUGUUAAACAAAAAUAUUUAAUGAA